UCGUCGUCGUCGUCGUCGUCGUCGUCAUCAUCGUCAUCGUUGUUGUUGUUGUUCAACGGCGUCGUUCAAUUAUUCUCAGCGCGCGUCUCAUUUGACGAUCGCAUCGCUGUUUUAGACAUUUUACGAACCGUGACGUCGACAUCGAGAUCAAUCGCGGUCGACUUUUUUUGUCAGCUUGUCACCGCGUCUCCGCGGUUUAACGCCGGAAAUACACGGUUCGCCGUUGCGUCAAUCUCGAAGUGUGUCUUCGUUGGUAAACUACAGAAAGAUGGCGACCGCUGUACCGUCGAGAUUCGCCGUACUCAGUCUCGAGGAUGACGAUUACAAACCGAAGAAAACGCAAAAGAGCGCGACAACGAGCAAAACUAACGCCAAGAAUAAAGGCGACAAGUCGAAACAGCAGCAACAACAACAACAACAGCAACAACAGACGAAUAAAAAAAAGCAAAACAAAGGAAAAAAGAAGAAAACGAAUAAUGACGAUCAGCAGUGGGAACAAUGGAAGCAAAAGGAUACGAUGGUAAAAUAUCAAUUUUCCACUAAAUUGUAUGAUUAACAAUUAGUAAUUCGUUUCUUGAUUUUACAUCAGGCAUUUAUUAUGAUCAGAUAUAUAUUUUACAAAUUAUUUUCAUGUAUUCCUUUGGAUCUUGUUUCAACAAUUUAAUUGUACAAAAUGUAC